CGGGCGCUGGGGCUGGUGUGUGGAGGCGCCAGAGCAGCGGAUCCCGGCCUCGGCGCCGCAGCAGCGCGGGGGUCGCGCGCGGCCUGAAGACGCCGUACCUUUCUGCCCCUCACCUUUUUUUUUUUUUUUAAAUAACCGGAACCAAUGAACGCAGCCGGGACCCGAGCUCCGGAGGCCGCCGGUGCCGAGGGGACCAGGCUGGCGCCCGGCAGGAGCUCGCGUCUGAGGCGGCGGGGGCGGCCCGAGGAGUCGCAGGCGGCGGCGGCGUCUGGCGGAGCGGGCGAGUGGCCCGCGGCCGCGGCGUCGCUGCGCUUCCCCCCCGCUCCUCCUCCGCGCCCUCAUCCCGCCGCGACGCCCGGCCCGGCCUCGGGCUGGCUGCGGCGGCGGCGGCGGCGCUGGGCUGCGCUGGUGCUGCUCGGGCUGCUGCUGGCCGGUGCGGCGGACGGAUGCGAGCUGGUGCCCAGGCACCUCCGCGGGCGGCGGGCGGCGGGCUCUGCAGCGGCAACCGCCUCCUCUCCCGCGGCGGCCGCGGGCGACAGCCCGGCGCUCAUGACAGAUCCCUGCAUGUCACUGAGUCCACCAUGCUUCACAGAAGAAGAUAGAUUUAGUCUGGAAGCUCUUCAAACAAUUCAUAAACAAAUGGAUGAUGACAAAGAUGGUGGAAUUGAAGUAGAUGAAAGUGAUGAAUUUAUCAGAGAAGAUAUGAAAUAUAAAGAUGCUUCUAAUAAACACAGCCAUCUGCACAGAGAAGAUAAGCAUAUAACUGUUGAAGAUUUAUGGAAACGAUGGAAAACAUCAGAAGUUCAUAAUUGGACCCUUGAGGACACACUUCAGUGGUUGAUAGAAUUUGUUGAACUACCCCAAUAUGAGAAGAAUUUUAGAGACAAUAAUGUCAAAGGAACAACGCUUCCUAGGAUCGCGGUACAUGAACCUUCGUUUAUGAUCUCUCAGUUGAGAAUCAACGACCGGAGUCACAGACAAAAACUUCAGCUCAAGGCACUGGAUGUGGUUUUGUUUGGACCUCUAACACGGCCUCCUCAUAACUGGAUGAAGGAUUUUAUCCUCACAGUUUCUAUAGUAAUUGGUGUUGGAGGGUGCUGGUUUGCUUACACGCAGAAUAAGACAUCGAAAGAACAUGUUGCAAAAAUGAUGAAAGACUUAGAGAGUCUGCAAACUGCAGAGCAAAGUCUAAUGGACUUACAAGAAAGGCUUGAAAAGGCACAGGAAGAAAACAGAAAUGUUGCCGUAGAAAAGCAAAAUCUAGAGCGCAAAAUGAUGGAUGAAAUCAAUUACGCAAAGGAAGAGGCUUGUCGGCUUCGAGAGCUAAGGGAGGGAGCUGCAUGUGAAUUGAGUAGACGCCAGUAUGCGGAGCAGGAAUUGGAACAGGUUCGAAUGGCUCUAAAAAAGGCUGAAAAAGAAUUUGAACUCAGAAGCAGCUGGUCUGUUCCAGAUGCACUUCAAAAAUGGCUUCAGUUAACACAUGAAGUAGAAGUACAGUACUACAAUAUUAAAAGACAAAAUGCGGAAAUGCAAUUAGCUAUUGCUAAGGAUGAGGUUGCUGCUUCAUAUCUGAUUCAGGCAGAGAAAAUUAAAAAGAAGAGAAGCACAGUCUUUGGGACUCUGCAUGUGGCACAUAGCUCCUCUCUAGAUGAGGUAGAUCACAAAAUUCUGGAAGCAAAGAAAGCCCUCUCUGAGUUGACAACUUGUUUACGAGAACGACUUUUUCGCUGGCAACAGAUUGAGAAGAUCUGUGGCUUUCAGAUAGCCCAUAACUCAGGACUCCCCAGCCUGACCUCUUCCCUUUAUUCUGAUCACAGCUGGGUAGUGAUGCCCAGAGUCUCCAUUCCACCCUAUCCGAUUGCUGGAGGAGUUGAUGACUUAGAUGAAGAUACACCUCCGAUAGUGUCACAGUUUCCCGGGACCAUGGCUAAACCUGCUGGGUCAUUAGCCAGAAGCAGUAGCUUGUGUCGCUCUCGUCGCAGCGUUGUGCCGUCCUCGCCGCAGUCUCAGCGUGCUCAGCUUCCUCCACAUGCUCCUCACCCGUCACACCCUCGGCAUCCCCACCAUCCCCAGCACACACAGCACUCGCUGCCUUCCCCUGAUCCAGAUAUCCUUUCAGUGUCAAGUUGCCCUGCUCUUUAUCGAAAUGAAGAGGAGGAGGAGGCCAUUUACUUCUCUGCUGAAAAGCAAUGGGAAGUGGCAGACACAGCUUCAGAAUGUGACUCCUUAAAUUCUUCCAUUGGAAGGAAACAGUCUCCUCCUUCAAGCCUUGAGAUAUACCAAACAUUGUCCCCUCGAAAGAUAUCAAGAGAUGAACUGUCUCUAGAAGAUUCAUCCAGGGGAGAUUCACCCAUAACUGUAGAUAUCUCUCGGGGUUCUCCUGAUUGUGUAGGUCUGACGGAAACUAAGAGUAUGAUCUUUAGUCCUGCAAGCAAAGUGUACAAUGGCAUCUUGGAGAAAUCCUGUAGCAUGAACCAGCUUUCUAGUGGGAUCCCGGUGCCUAAACCUCGCCACACAUCGUGUUCCUCAGCUGGCAACGACAGUAAACCAGUUCAGGAAGUCCCAAAUGUUCCCAGGAUAAGCAGCAUCCCACAUGACCUUUGUCAUAAUGGAGAGAAAAGCAAAAAGCCAUCAAAAAUUAAAAGCCUUUUUAAGAAGAAAUCUAAGUGAACUGGCUGACUUGAUGGAAUUCCAUUCAAGUGGCAUCUUUAAACUUUUAUCUCCCACCCUCCACUCCCCCUUUUUGUUUUAAUUUUAGGAAUGUAACUCUAUUGGGGCUUUCCAGACUGGAUGCCAUAGUGGAAUGUCCUUAAGGGCAACUGUCUACUGUCUGCUUAUUUAAAUGACUAUAUAAUCAAUUUGUCAAGCCAGUUAUUACUGAAAAAUCAUUGAGAUGAGACAGUUUACAGUCAUUUCUGCCUAUUUAUUUCUGCUUUGUUAUUAGUGAUGUAUAUACAACGUUUUGUUGAAAGCCACUAUGGACUUACAAGCUUUAAUGGACUAGUAAGCCAGCAUGGGCUUGCAAGAUUUCUUGUUUACCGGAGCAUCUUCUUAUCUUUCCACAGCUAUUUACGUCCUGGACUGAAUAACUUAAAAGAAGUAAAACUAAUUGCACUACUGUUUUCCAGACUGGAAAAAAAAGUCUCUGCAAGUGAAAGAAACUGUCUAGGGUUUAUAAAAUGACUACGGAUAGGGGACUGUUUUCACUUUUAGAUCAAAAUGAGUUUUUAAGUAGAACCUAGGGUUUCUAAUUGACUUGAUUUCUGGAAAUGAAAACCCAAGCUUUUAUAUGGGAAGCUUCUUUAAAUGAAUUUAAUAUUAUAAAGUUUCAAGUCCUGCUGUAAAGAUCAUGUUGUUUUGUUUUUCCCAGGGCUUUCACUGUGAUUUACUGCAUUGCAGGCUGUAUGAUAAAAUAUAAAUAAUUUGAAGAGAAAAGGCUCUUGAUUCCUUAUGCAAGUGGAAGAGUUAAAACUUGGUUGAAGGACUUAAAACAUUCACAAGCUUAAACUGAGGUGGGGGGCUGUGGGGAUCCAGGCACUUGUUUACAGACUGAAUAACUGCAAAGGAUUUAUGGUUUGUGAAGAAUUUGUACUGUGGAAAAGAUAAUAAAUCAGAGACAUUAUUGUGUGGGACUGUGCUGAUUUUUGUUGAUAACACUCCACUAAAAACACUAUAUGUUUUCUGAAGAGCUGUGUAAGCUGUAUUGUUGCUUAAUUGCAAUAUAGGGAAUAGUGAUGUUUUGAAAGUAAGUUGUCAACAAAUUUCUUUCUAUUUUAUAUUGUUUGUCAUAUUUUUAUGUAGUUUGAAAUGUUUAAAUGUUCUAAUAUCAAGAUUAACAAAUAUAAAUUUAUGGUGCAUUUAGAUUGUGUUGUAUUAAUUUGUAAAGUUUGGGGUUCAUUAAACUGAUAGGUUAUUACAAGGGUAGCUUUUACUGUGAAGAUUGUCACUGAGCAACAAAGUACAUUAACAUCUGGGGAGUUUCUGCUUAAACUAUUUCUUUUAAAAAUUCCAUCAUAAAUGCAAUUUGGUUAAUGCAAUGUGGAUGGAUGUUUGGGUGAACAACUGAUACAUAUUAGCUAAAAGGAUUUUUCAGCAUUAUGGCUAAAAUACAUAAUGUCCAGCCCAGUCCUGUUUAGAUGAAAAUGCUGAUUGAUAAACAAGAAGUUUAUUUGAGAUUUGCUCCAAGGAAAUACUUUAUUAAGAAUAUGAACACUUUCCUGUAAAUUGUGAUUGUUUAUUCUUUUUAGUAUUAUUGUUAAAAACUGUUAAGGUCUUGAAUGAUAUUUAUAUACACAGAUAUUGAUAUAUUUAAUAGUGCUGUAAGGGGAAAACUUGAUUGAAACAAACGUGUUUUGGAGUAAUUAUAAGGUAAGAUAACCUUGAAAGCUCAAAAGUUGGGAAACAUAGGCUCUAAAGGUGUGUAGGAUGGGGGAAAAAUUAUGCAUAAAGAAUUGAAAAGCGUUCUUGAAAGUUUCUUCGGAGUGAAGGAAAUACCUUAUCUUCUUUCUCCUUCUUAGAACCAGACAGGAAUUCUUCCCUUUGAAAAGUGCAAAAGGGAUGAGAACUUUGUGGUUGGAUGGGUAGAAAAGGUAAAAGCUGCAGGAGCCUGGAGGAAGCUCGUGGGAGCUCUAGGGGCUCCCAGCAAGGCCCGCUGCUUGUUGAGGGUUAGAAGGGAAUUCCAGAUCAGAACCAGCUGGAUGCUAGAACUUGUGGUUGGUGGGGGAGAGGCUGGCCUCAGUAGAGUGUGGGCCGUCUUAUGUCAGGGAACACAUCAUUUGUGCUCAACUGCACACACACUCAUUUAUAGACAAGUUCAACCAAGGGAUAUUUACUGCUUUAUGUUUCUUGUAAUAUUUGCUUUGCAUUAAUACAAUGCUCUGUAUUUGUAAAUUCAACAGAAAAUAAUUGAGUUUUGGAAAGCCAUGAUAAUUUCUGUAUUAUAUCAUUUAUACAUGAAGAGUUGGGCAUUAAUAUAAGUUUUAAAAAUUA